AUGGCUCCCAGCAGAGGAUACUCGGCCCUUGUCGGAGUGCACAAUAUCUUCGCUGCUUAUCGAGGAUGUCCUUCGCGGACACUUGCGACGAUUCCCGCACGACAAUCGGCCGUAUACCAUCGAAGUCCUUCGCGAUUGUUCGCGACUACGGCUAGCCUUCGAUCAGGCCAUUCCCGAUGGUCGAAGAUUAAACACGAUAAAGCCAAGGUGGACGCUUCCAAGAAUCGCCAACGCUCCAUCUUCGCGCACGAAAUAGCGACGGCCUCGAAACUCUUCGGCGGCGACCCUGGCUCGAACCCUCGUUUGGCUGAUCUUAUCACAAAGGCGAAGAGGGAAGGAUUCGCCAAAGCGUCCAUUGAGGCGGCAAUAGCUCGAGGACAAGGAAGGAGUACGACAGGCGCAAGUCUAGAGAGCGUAUCGGUGGAGGGAAUACUGCCCAACAAUAUCGCUAUUAUUGUCGAAUGCGAGACGGAUAGCAAAUUGCGGACGCUCGCUGAUGUGCGAUUGGCUAUUAAAGAUCAUGGAGGAUCUACCACACCUACGAGCUAUUUGUUUGCUAAGAGAGGGAAAAUCACGUUCGAGAGCAAGGAGGGCAUUGGUCAAGAUGAGAUCCUCGAGCCUGCUUUAGAGGCAGGUGCCUUAGAUGUCGCCGAGGAUGACGGUAAAAGGGUGGUCGUGUUCGCCGAACCGACAGAAACCAGAGCGGUCGGCGAUGCCAUCUCGAAGGCGCUGGAUGUUCAGAUCGCCACGUCAGACAUAAUCUGGGAGGCGAAUGAAGACACGAAGGUCGAUAUAGCGAGCGAACAAGCUGCGGACGACAUUCAUGCAUUUCUGGACAAGCUUGAAGAGAAGGAAGCUAGUCUGCAAUCUGUUGCGAUGAAUGUAUCGCAAGGCAGGCUCAGUGCCGAUUCGUGGGAAGACAUAAAGAGUCGGAUAGCCUGA